UUGUGACUUCCGGUGCCUAAAAGCUAGCAGUUAGCAUCGAAGCGCUUAUAAAUAAAAUGCCUACAAUAUUUGUUAUGCUGAAUUCAAAAUAGAAUACAUUUACACCGGAAAACAUGGCACUCUCGAUGGAAACACAGCUUCAGAGCAUUUUUGAAGAUGUUGUGAAAACUGAGAUGAUAGAAGAAGCCUUUGCUGGCAUGUUUAUGGACACACCAGAGGAUGAGAGAACCAAACUGAUCAGUUGUCUUGGUGCCUUUCGACAGUACUGGGGAACUUUACCACAGGAAUCACAUGAGCAGUGUGUGCAGUGGGUUGUGAGGUUUAUACACAGCCAACACAGUCCCAAAAGAAUUGCCUUCCUCUAUGACUGCCUUGCCAUGGCUGUGGAGACCAGCCUCUUAACACCAAGGAUGGUUUGCGUAGCCCUUAUAAGCUCAGACACACUGGAGUGGGAGAGGACGCAGUUGUGGGCGUUAACCUUCAAACUGAUCCGAAAGAUCAUUGGUGGAGUGGACUAUAAGGGUGUUCGGGACCUAUUGAAAGCUGUGUUGGAUAAAAUCCAAACAAUUCCUACCACUGUGAGCUCAGCUAUAGUGCAGCAGUUAUUGGCUGCGAGAGAGGUAGUAGAGUACAUUUUGGACAGAAAUGCAUGUCUAUUGCCUGCUUAUUUUGCCAUAACUGAAAUUAGAAAGCUUUAUCCAGAAGGCCAUUUGUCACACUGGCUUCUGGGCAGUCUUAUAUCAGACUUUGUGGAUAGUUUUAGGCCUACAGCCAGAAUCAACUCAAUCUGUGGUCGCUGCAGCUUGUUGCCUGUUGUAAAUAACAGUGGUGCCAUCUGUAACUCCUGGAAGUUAGACACCACAACUCUGCGCUUUCCUCUGAGAGGCAUGCUGCCAUAUGAUAAGGACCUGUUUGAACCACAGACAGGUUUGCUGCGAUACGUUUUAGAGCAGCCUUAUUCAAGGGAGAUGGUCUGCAACAUGUUAGGUCUCAAUAAACAGCAUAAGCAGCGCUGUCCUGUGCUGGAGGAGCAGCUGGUUGACCUGGUGGUGUAUGCCAUGGAGCGGUCCGAAACAGAAGAGCACUUUGAUGCAGACAUCGGAGGGACCAGUCAGCUGCUAUGGCAACACCUCUCCUCCCAACUCAUCUUCUUUGUGCUGUUUCAGUUCGCUAGCUUCCCACAUAUGGUCUUGUCAUUGCAUCAGAAGCUUGCAGGUAGAGGCCUCAUCAAAGGGAGGGAUCAUCUCAUGUGGGUGCUGCUGCAGUUUAUAUCCGGCAGCAUCCAGAAAAACGCCUUGGCCGAUUUCUUACCUGUCAUGAAGCUGUUUGAUCUGUUAUACCCUGAAAAAGAGUGCAUCCCUGUUCCUGACAUCAACAAGCCUCAGUCGACUCAUUCUUUUGCAAUGACAUGCAUUUGGAUCCAUCUGAAUAAAAAGGCUCAGAGCGACAACUCCAAACAACAGAUUCCCAUCCCACACUCUCUGAAACUACACCACGAGUUCCUCCAGCAGUCCCUCCGUAACAAAACCCUGGGUAUGUCUGACUACAAGAUAGCUCUGUUGUGUAACGCCUAUAGCACAAACUCCGAGUGCUUCACCCUGCCAAUGGGGGUCCUGGUGGAGACCAUCUAUGGAAAUGCCGCUAUGCCGAUCAACCUGCCUGGAACCAAGUGCCUGGCAUCUGGAUCUGUCACCCCACUGCCCAUGCACCUGCUGGACUCUCUCACUGUUCAUGCAAAGAUGAGUUUGAUUCAUAGCAUUGCAACACGAGUAAUCAAACUGGCUCAGGCGAAAUCGAGUGUGGCCCUGGCUCCUGCGCUGGUCGAGACCUACAGCAGACUGUUGGUUUAUAUGGAGAUCGAGUCACUGGGCAUCAAAGGAUUCAUCAGCCAGUUACUUCCUAAUGUAUUCAAGUCUCACGCCUGGGGCAUCCUUCACACUUUAUUGGAGAUGUUCAGCUACAGAAUGCACCACAUCCAACCACACUACAGAGUCCAGCUGCUGAGCCACCUCCACAGCCUGGCAGCAGUACCACAGACCAACCAGAACCAACUGCAUCUAUGUGUUGAGAGCACAGCCUUGAGGUUGAUCACAGCUCUGGGCAGCUCUGAGGUGCAGCCCCAGUUCACACGUUUCCUCAAUGAUCCAAAAACUGUCCUGUCCGCUGAGUCUGAGGAGUUGAACCGAGCCCUCAUCCUCACUCUUGCCCGGGCUACUCAUGUCACUGAUUUUUUCACAGGGUCCGAUUCUAUUCAUGGAACUUGGUGUAAAGACAUUUUGAAAACCAUAAUGGACUUCACUCCUCACAACUGGGCCUCUCAUACUCUGUCCUGCUUCCCUGCUCCUCUACAGGCUUUCUUCAAACAGAACAACGUGCCCCAGGAGUCCCGUUUCAACUUGAAGAAAAAUGUGGAGGAGGAAUACAGGAAGUGGAAGUCCAUGGCCAAUGAGAAUGACAUUAUCACACACUUCUCAAUGCAAGGGUCCCCUCCACUGUUCCUCUGUCUGCUGUGGAAGAUGCUGUUGGAGACGGACCACAUCAACCAGAUAGGCUUCAGAGUUCUGGAGCGUAUUGGGGCACGAGCACUGGUGGCUCACGUGCGCACCUUCGCAGACUUCCUGGUUUAUGAGUUUUCCACAUCGGCCGGGGGACAGCAGCUGAACAAGUGCAUUGAAAUCCUAAAUGACAUGGUGUGGAAGUACAACAUUGUUACCCUGGACAGACUCAUCCUCUGCUUGGCGAUGCGCAGCCAUGAAGGAAAUGAAGCCCAGGUCUGUUACUUCAUCAUCCAGCUGCUCCUGCUCAAACCCAACGACUUCAGGAACCGAGUGAGCGACUUUGUCAAAGAGAAUGCUCCAGAGCACUGGCUACAGAGCGACUGGCACACCAAGCACAUGAGCUACCACAAGAAAUAUCCAGAGAAGUUGUACUUUGAGGGCCUCGCUGAACAGGUGAACCCUCCCAUGCAACUGCAGUCUCAGUACCUCCCUAUCUAUUUUGGAAAUGUGUGUCUGCGCUUUCUGCCUGUUUUUGACAUCGUCAUCCACCGCUUCCUGGAGCUUCUCCCUGUUUCAAAGUCUUUGGAAACUCUGCUGGAUCAUCUGGGAGGCUUGUACAAGUUUCAUGAUCGUCCUGUGACAUACUUGUACAACACCCUUCAUUACUAUGAGCGGCAUCUGCGAGACCGGACAAACCUGAAGAGAAAGCUGGUUCAUGCAAUCAUGUCUUCACUCAAAGACAACCGCACCCCUGGUUGGUGCUUAAGUGAGACCUACCUGAAAUUUGGCAUGAAUCCCAGGGAGGACAAUGUGUGGAUCCCAGACGACACUUACUACUGUAAACUCAUUGGACGCCUAGUGGACACGAUGGCGGGCAAAUCCCCAGGGCCCUUUCCAAACUGUGACUGGAGGUUCAAUGAGUUCCCGAACCCUGCGGCCCAUGCACUGCACGUCACCUGUGUGGAGCUGAUGGCUCUGGCCGUGCCCGGGAAGGAUGUGGGGAAUGCUCUGCUCAAUGUUGUUCUGAAAAGUCAACCCUCUGUGCCCAGGGAGAACAUCACAGCCUGGAUGAACGCCAUUGGCCUUGUCAUCACCGCGCUGCCUGAGCCCUACUGGAUUGUUCUGCACGACCGUAUUGUGUCUGUAAUUAGCUCGCCCGUGCUGACUUCGGAGACGGAGUGGGCGGGCUAUCCCUUCGCGCUGCUAGACUUCACAGCCUGCCACCAGAGUUACAGCGAGAUGAACUGCAGUUAUGUGCUGGCCUUGGCGCACGCAGUAUGGCACCACUCGUCUAUUGGACAGUUAUCGCUGAUUCCCAAGUUCCUGUCUGAGACUCUAAAGCCCAUAGUACAGACUGAGUUCCAGCUGCUUUACGUGUACCAUUUGGUGGGUCCAUUUCUGCAGCGCUUCCAACAGGAGAGGACACGCUGUAUGCUGGAGAUCGGGGUGGCCUUCUAUGAGAUGCUCCAGGCUGUGGAUCAGCACUGCCAGCACCUCAGCUACAUGGACCCCAUCUGUGACUUCCUGUAUCACAUCAAAUACAUGUACACAGGAGACAGUGUUAAGGAGCAGGUGGAUCAGAUCAUCAUGACCCUCCGGCCGGCCAUGAAACUCCGCCUUCGCUUCAUCACCCACAGCAGUAAAGUGGAACCCUCGGCCUCAGCUCCUGCCGCUGCUUCUACUGCCCCCGUGCCCACCAGCUCUGCCCCUCCCGCCCCCUCCACCACCCCCACCUCCUCUGCCCCAACUCAGCCCACCCCCUCCGCACUCACAUCUACCCCCACGACCGGGUCCCCUUCGCCUGCCUCACAGCAUACACACACAGCAAUGUAGGUACAGAAUGUGGACUCUAAAGACUAUGCGAAUACAACACGAUUUGAAAUACUAUGGAUUGAGUAGUUUGUGACUGAAAGUGGAAUUCAAAUUUUCUGAUAUUAUAAGACUCACACAAGACUUCCUUUGUAAUGUCAAGUUUUUUACCUUUGUUUAUAGUAGCAUUUUAUGGUGUACUUGAUUAAAAAAAGAUAAUGGAAUCUUCUUUUUUAUGCUUUA